UACAGGGGUGGAUGAAUAACAAAACCAGAGUUAAUCAAAAGCCUGUGUCAGAGCAGGCAAAGAAAUAGAAGCUGCACAAUGGGGUGCUACAUCUUUUCAGUACUGUUCCUGAUCUUGACUGUGGAAUCAGCUUCUUCAACGGACAAUGGAUUCUUCAUCUCAGCCCCCGGAGUGUUUCAUGUGGGUGUUAAUGAGAAAGUGUUUGUCCAGAUGGGAAGGUCUCAUCUUAAUAAUCCUGUUACUCUCUACCUGAUGCAUGAGAUUUCCCAAACUGUUGUGUCUGUGAAGAAAACUACUCAGUGUACUGUGGAAGGGGAGAUCAAAACAGUUGAGCUCAUGAUAGACAGGAACCUGAUGUCAACUGUGACUUCAAAUUAUAAACGUCCCACCCUUGUGCUGGUGGCAGAGAGCCCCUCCUUCAUUGAAAAGAAGACAACACAUGUUCUGGUAUCACAACACAGGGGCUAUAUCUUCAUUCAGACUGAUCAGCCAAUCUACAACCCAACACAGAAAGUGAGGUACAGAAUAUUCACUCUUGACCACACAUUCAGGCCUCAUGAGGAAGUGAUCCACAUAUCAGUAAUUAAUGCUGCUGGAAACAGAGUAAUGAAAUCCCUUAGGACUGCAAAGGGUGGAAUACUCCAAGACUCAUUUUCCAUACCUGAUGUCUCAAAAAUGGGCACAUGGAAGGUUACAGCACACUACGAAGAGAAUGAAGCAAACGCUGCUUCCCGAGAGUUCAAAGUCAAAAAAUUCGUUUUACCAAGUUUUGAGGUGAACAUCCAAAUGAAGCAGAGCUAUAUUUUGUUGAAUGCUGAACAGCUUGACUUCACCAUCUUAGCAAAGUAUUCAUAUGGGGAGAAAGUUAAAGGGGCUUACCACUGCCAAUUUGGCUUUGUAGAAAGAGGUCCAAAAAUGAAGCCUGCCUUUAUCAGAGGACUGGAGUUGACUGGUUCGGUCCAGAAUGGAACUGCAACAGCUUCUCUUCAGAUAGCUGACUUACAUGAACACCUCCAAAAACAGCAGAACAAACCCCUCUCUGAAUUACAGCAAAGUGGAGCGCAAAUCUAUUUGAGAGUAUUUGUCACCAACAUACAAAGUGGGGAAAUACAAGAGGCAGAAGUUUACCUUCCUUUCAUCUCUCACAAAUACACCUUGGAUCUCUCUCGGACACGGUCAUAUUUCCUUCCUGGAUUUCCACUAGAUGUGGUGGUUGCUGUGCGUCUCCCAGAUGGCUCCCCAGCAGCUGGUGUGCCAGUAGAGAUUAAUGUAUCACCAUUUUCAGAGGAACCUUGGAAAGGCACCACUGACCAGGAGGGGGCAGUGACUUCUGUCUUUAAUAUUGCCAAUGGGGCUCCGAUUACUGUUAGAGUGUUGGCAGAUGGCCUUCAGCAGAGCAAAGUAAUUCAACCUGCUUCAUCUCUGAGUGGCAGCUACCUGUACAUCAGUUUGACCCAUAGGAUGUACUCUGUGGGCGAGUCACUGACUGUGAAUUACAACACCAUCAACGGGCCAACACUUGGAUUUAUAUACUACAUGGUCUUAAGCCGUGGGAUCAUAAUACAAAAGGGUUCUCUUGGUUUUGGUACUUCAGUUAGGCACAACCUGCAGAUAACUCCUGAUAUGGUGCCAUCGUUCCGUCUGAUUGGCUACUACUACAACCAGGGUGGUGACAUCAUUGCUGACUCGGUGUGGGUAGAUGUCAGGGACGAAUGUGAGAUAAAGGUCAAGGUAGAACAAAAAGGACCGUUUGUACCUGGAAAACAGUCUACGCUCGAGUUUGAUUUACAUGGUCAGAAAGCCAGAGUGGCUUUGCUGGCUGUGGAUAAAGCCAUCUACGCUCUCAAUGCCGAUAAUAAACUCACAGCCAAACAGGUGUUUUCCUCUAUGCAGUCAUAUGACCUUGGUUGCUCAUACAGUGGAGGAUCUGACUCUGCAUCUGUACUAACAGAGGCUGGCCUGUCUUUUGUAUCUCAGUCCCAGUCUGUGUGGAAAAAAAAUUUUGGCUGUAAUUUACAUUCUGUACGACAGAGACGCUCAGUGGACCUUCAACAAGAAAUGAUGACUUUAAAAUCUAACUUUUCCGAUGAAAAGUUACAAGACUGUUGUGUUCAGGGGUUUUCUCUCAUCCCUAUGAGACGAACAUGUAUUGAAAGAGCGAAGAGAGUCUCUCUGGUGGAAGCAAAUCCUGUUUGUGCCGACGCCUUUUUAAAAUGCUGCCUUGAAGGAGAGUAUCUGAGACAAAAAAAGAUACAAGAGGACGCCCGGAAAGGACUUGGCAGGACUGCAAGCACUGAGGACAUUGAAGAGUUCUUCUUGGACACUGCUGCUCAGUACAUUCGACGAUUUUUCCCCCCAAGCUUUGCAUUUACAGAGUUUGAUGUACAUGGUAAAGGAAGGUAUGUUUUGACUCUACCUGAUUCCAUCACCACGUGGGAGAUUCAGGUCGUCACUUUAUCUGCAGCCACGGGUUUCUGUGUAGUUAAACCGUCUGAGGUCAGAGCAGUUAAGAGGGCAUUUGUGUCUCUGAGACUGCCUUACUCAGUGAAGAAAUAUGAGCAACUAUCCAUUUCGCCUGUUAUCUACAACUAUGGUGAUGUCGAACUACAGGUGGCAGUCCAUAUGGAACAAACUGAAGGACUUUGUUCCCCCGGCUCAGCCACCACUGCGGCGUUUGUUAACAUUACUGUGAAGCCAGAGUCUUCCCAGUUUGUUUCCUUCUCUGCUGUCCCCAUGGUUACCGGCUCAAUACCCAUCAAAAUACGUCUCUAUGAUAUGGAGAAUGAGAUGGGAAUCGAUGCAGUUGAAAAGACUUUGAAUGUGUUGACAGAAGGACUAGAAAAAAGAGUACAACACACCCUAGUGCUGAAAUUCGAUGGAAGGACCACUAAGAAUAUAAUUAUUGACGGAUCUUUACCAGAUGACACAGUCCCUGGCUCCAGCUCAAAUAUUUUCGUUUCAGUGGAAGGGGAUGGAUUUGGCAGUUCACAUGCAAAGAACCUUCUUUCUCCAGAAAAGGUUGCUAGCCUGAUCGUAUUGCCUCGCGGAUGUUUAGAACAGACAACAGUACGACUGGCCCCUACAGCUUCAGCCCUCCGCUACCUUGACUUAAGUGAGCAAUGGUUUGACCUGCCUGCUGGUACCAGAGAUGAUACUCUUGAUAAAAUCAAACAAGGUUAUUUGAGGAUUUUAGAAUUCAAGAAUAAAGUCGACGGAUCUUAUAGACCAUGGCCUCAAGCGACAUCUAGUAAUUGGGUGACUGCCCUUAUAGUGAAAGUGCUAUCGUUGGUGGCACAGCGUCAGACAAUGACUUUUGAAAAGAAGAAGUGGAAUGCUUGGGUUGUACCAGAACAAGAAAUAAGGCACUCAGUCAGUUACUUGCUCUCAGUACAAAAGAGUGAUGGGUCAUUCGGUGACCCACGUCGAGUGCUACGCAGAAGAGUUCUGAAAGGCAAAGACCAAGAAGCAUCCAUGACGGCUUUCAUAACUCUUGCACUGUACCGGUCCCUUCAGUUCCUGGACUCCGAAUUAAAAAAUAAUGCGGAAGCAAGAAUUUCAAGAUCAACAUCAUAUCUCCUGUCACACCUUGAGGAGCUUCAGCAUCCCUACACUGUUGCCAUCACAGCUUACUGCCUCGCAGUUUGUCUACCAAAGGGAACGGAUCAUUCAUCUGUCUGGACAAAACUUAAAGCACUGGCUACUGAAGGGGAGAAUGGCUGUUAUUUGUGGACUGUUGAUGCCACCCCACAGAAUCAAGCUAAGGCAGAUGCUAUCACAGUAGAGACUACAGCCUAUGCCCUCCUAGCUGCAGUGGAACUUGGGGAUACUGAGUGGGCAGACAAAACAGCCUGCUGGUUAAUCACCCAAGAAAACUAUGCUGGAGGCUUCAAAUCAACACAGGAUACCGUGGCAUUGGAAGCCCUUGCUGAGUAUGAGCUAAAGAGACCAGCCAGGCCCGAAGCAAAUCUAAUAGCAGAGUUCACAGUCCAAGGAAAGACAGACAUUGUAAAGCUUGCACUGAAAAAUAACGAGAAGGUGGAAACAGAUCUUAAGAAAUUUUCAGGGAACAACAUUGAUGUGCAACUGACAGGAGAAGGCAAUAGCAAGCUCAAGAUUGAAAAAUCUUACUAUCUACUGGACCCCAAGGACGAUUGUGACAAGGUGUCUAUCAGCGUCACAGUGGAGGGGAAAGUGAAGUACACUGCUAAGGUCAUAGAAAAUUAUGAAUACUAUGAUUACUACGGUAACAACGAGGAGGUGGCUGAGAAGGAGGUGCGAGUGCCACGCCCCUCGAUUGAGUGGUUUGAUGCUCGCACGCGGAACAGGAGAGAUCUUGAUAACAACUUAAAAUCAGACGAGGCUGUCACCUACAAAAUCUGUGUCAGUCAUAGCCUGGGCAGCAAUCUCACAGGAAUGGCCAUUGCUGACAUCACUCUUCUAAGUGGAUUUGAGGCUGAAACGAAAGACCUGGACAGGCUAAAAGAGCUACCUGAACGAUACAUUUCCCAUUAUGAGGUCUCCUAUGGAAGAGUGCUGCUCUACUUUGAUGAGCUCUUUGAAUCAGAGGAAUGUAUUAGUUUCGAUGCUAAACAGAACAUACCAAUUGGCCUUCUGCAGCCUGCUCCAGCUGUGUUCUAUGAUUAUUAUGAACCAAACAGAAAGUGUACUGUAUUCUACUCCGCACCCCAAAGGAGCAAGAUGGUCUCUACACUGUGUUCAGAGGAUGUGUGCCAAUGUGCAGAAAGACCCUGUCAUAAAAUACAAAAUACAUUCCAAAGUGGGAUCAGGCGAGGAGCAAAAGAAGAUCCCCGUUUACAACAUGCUUGUUUCUUCCCUACAGUAGAUUAUGCAUACAUUGGCGAAGUCCUCAAUGUUUCCAUGAAGAGUAACUUUGAGCUGUACGAAAUCAAUGUAAACGAGGUACUCAGAUCACAUGGAGAUAUCUUUACGAAUGAGAAUUCUGUUCGAGUGUUUGCGAAGAGGCGUCAGUGUAAAGGACAGUUAGACCUGGGAAGACAGUAUCUCAUCAUGGGCAAAGAUGGCUCCACAACCAGCUCAAAUGGAAUGAUGCAGUAUCUGUUGGAGUCAAACACCUGGGUUGAAAGAAAGCCUUCGGAGAAAGAAUGUAAAAAAUCUGCACAUAUCGCUGCCUGCAAAGCGUUUAAUGUGUUUACAGAUGAGUACAAGAUAGAUGGCUGCAGGCAGUAAAACAGACAAAUCUGUUCCAUUUUACUUUCAUUUUCAGUUUAUUCUAGUGUAACUCAGUUAUUCUUGUCAGUUACAGUAGCUCUUUUUUUACUGUUUAUAAUCAGAGCCAUUAAAGAAUAGUAUAAGAACAUCCAUAUGUACUGAGACAUUGCUUUUUAGACAGGAGGUGGAUGACUGACUCCUUCACAGUUUUAUUUUAAAGUUUACUACUCACAAUGUAACCAUUACUCAUUUAUGUCCAAUAAAGCUACCAGUGUUUAACUAAA